AUGCUAGGGGAGGUCAUUGCGGGCAGAUCUGCGGCUGUACAAGGUCAGAGGACCCUCCGAUGACCACCGCACUCUCACACACAUCGACGUGAAACGGACGGAGUGGGUCGGUUAAUAGGAGAUAGGAGAUAGGAGCUGGUUGAUGCAAUUGACACGGUUGUUGUGACCCACUCCUUCGGAGGCGAGUUGACACCCACCGAGCCCGCCUCUCCGUACGAGCCAACCGCACCGCUCGUCGACCCCGCCAUGCCACCUCAGCAAGAUGCCAACCCAUCUCCGCCUGUGGCCAGCAGCAGCGCCACAUCUCCGCCACAGGACGCCGCCCCGAAGGCAGCAGCGGCACCCAAGCAGGCCCCGCGCAAGCAGGUGCUCAUAUGCCUGGGCGACUACCCUACGCACCUCGAUAUGAACAGUCACCCAGGAAGCGUAGGGUCACCAAGGAAGCAGAGAAGGCGGCACCCAAAGGCCGUCACCAAGCGGCAGGAGAUCUUCGAAUUCGCCAACAGCAGCAGCAGCAGCGGUGCCAAUCCGAGCAAGAAGAGGGUGCGUGAGGAGGAGGGAGAGGAGGGGGAGGGAGAGGAUGGUGCCAAACGGCGGCACUACGACAAGAUGCGCGGGACUACAUAGCGUCCGAAAGCUGCGCCUCCUGCACGUUGUGAAGGGACAACAGGAGGGGGGCGACAAGGACAAGUACCAGGUGGACGUCGACUUCGGCAAGCACGGCGACAAGAAAGAGGAGGAUCAGUGAAUGUCGGUUGGUUGGUGUGUUUAACGCAUCCAUUGGUGUUUGUGUCAGUUCCGCCGGCACCGUCCAGACCGCCUCAUGUGUCGAGUUCCUCAAGUACUACACGACGCACGGGGGACCUGGCGGCAAGACACCCCUGCAGCGGUACGCAUCUAUAGGCAGAUAGAUCUCCAUCCAUCAUUUCUCUCACUCCAUGACACAUGUGUAUGUAUUGCAGUUGGGAGGAGAAGCAUGGCGGAGGCGGUGGCGGCAGAAGUGGCGGCAGAGGUCGUGGCGGGGGGCGGUCGCGGUGCCGGUCGUGGCGGUCGUGUCGGGGGGGCGGUCGCACUUUGGCGGUGACGGAGAGCGUCCGCUCUCCACGCUCGACGAGCCGCGCAGGAUGCACCACACGAAGAGGUUCUGGGGGCUUGAGUAGAGAGGGCGAGGAGGGAGGGGUGUAA